AUGGUAGCAACCAACCAAAAGACUAAUCCUGAAUAUCCCCAUGGUCUGAAGCUCGCUGCGAUCGUUGUUGCGCUAUGCCUUGCAACCCUCCUUGCAGCUUUAGAUCAGACAAUCAAGGCUACAGCCGCCCCUAAGAUCACUGAUCACUUCAAGAGUAUCGACGAUAUCGGAUGGUACGCUGCAAGUUAUCUUCUUGCCAAAGCUGCCCUCCAACCAAGUUUCGGACGGAUAUACUCUACAUUUAACAUCAAAUACACUUUUCUCGUAGCUAUCGCGAUCUUUGAGCUAGGCUCUCUAGUGUGUGCAACGGCGCUGAGUAGUAACGCCCUCAUAGUCGGGAGAGCCAUUGCUGGGGUAGGGGUCGGCGGACUGUUUACUGGUUCUCUUUCGAUUAUCUUCUGCUGUGCACCAUUGCAAAGGCGUCCUGCCGUUAUGGGAAUAGUUAGCAGUAUGUGGGGUGUAGCUUCUGCUGCAGGUCCUUUGCUUGGAGGUGUGUUCACUGACAAGGUGUCCUGGAGAUGGUGCUUUUACAUAAAUCUUCCCAUCGGCGCAUUGACCAUAGUCAUGAUCGCCUUCCUACUCCAAGUGCCUCGUCUGGACAAUGCAGAGCAACUCUCCUUUUGGCAGCGAAUCAAGAAGCUUGACCUCAUAGGAGCUUCUUUACUCAUUCCUGCGACUGUCUGCCUACUACUGGCCCUCCAAUGGGGAGGCACAACAUACCCCUGGAACGACGCACGAAUGAUCGUCCUCUUUGUUGUGGGCGGAGUUCUCACAAUUGCAUUCAUAUACAGUCAGAGCAAACUCGGGAGCAAGGCAACCCUCCCACCCUACCUUUUCAGGAAUCGCAAUACGCUUUGCGCUUUCCUCUUCUCUGGCCUAUUUGGAGCAGGCUUCUUCUCUCUUACCUACUACCUGUCUGUCUAUUUCCAAAGCGUCAAAGGAUCCUCAUCACUACAUUCGGGUAUAAAGAUGCUACCGCUGCUUAUAUCAAGUAGCGUAUCAUCAACAUGCACUGGACUUUUGAUAUCGAGGCUAGGAUACUAUACUCCUUUCAUCAUUGCAUGCUUGGCUCUAUUUGCCUGCGGUGCAGGCUUGCUCACGACGCUUUCUAUCGCAACGCCUUAUCGAUACAACCUUGGAUAUCAGAUACUCACAGGCUUCGGUGUGGGAAUCGGCUUCGAAGGAGGCAUCAUUGCAGUACAAACCGUUCUAUCAGGUUGCGACAUACCCGUCGCCAUCUCAGUCGUCUCUUUCUUCAUGACCAUUGGCGGCGCCAUCUUUGUGCCAAUCUCACAGACUGUCUUUGAGAAUGGAUUUCUCGGCGCAAUCAAAACCUUGUCUCCUCAGUUGGAUGGCCAUGUGUUCUUGAAAGCUGGUGCAUCACAGAUUCGCGCGAUACUGAGCAGCAUGCAUGAGGAAGAUUUGUUGGAUUCUGUUCUACAUGCAUACUGCCAUGCGUUAAAACAUGUGUUCUGGGUUGUCACUGCUUGUGCCAUUGCCGCAGUGAUUGCAGCGUGUGGAUUGGACUGGAAAAGUGUGAGAAAAGCUCGAGGCAUAUCUUGUAUUCACGACGACGAGACCUCCCGACUUAGCAAUUUAUGGUUCAAGCUACAAAAUGCAGAUUUUGGUCAUUGGCAAUUUCUGCAUACAAUUACGCAAUCGUUCAGUUGCAUUCGAACAGUACAGACUGAUCGAACGAUGUUCGAGGUCUCAAUCCUUGUAGACUCUAUAAGAAGGAGACAAGGUGAGACUAACUGCACGAGCAUUCAAGUCAUAUUGAAUUUGUCGUCUUCAUUAUGUUGGCCAUCAUACGAGAGAGUCGCUGUCUUUGUCGUGGCAUGGCGCAGCGUCUGA